AUAAAUUUGAAAUUUCUAUGGCUUCAUCAGUCCUUCGUUCUCAAAUUCCCUUAGGAGGAAUAUGCGAUGUAGAAUCAGCAAAACACGUUGCAAGACGUCUCUUCGAAUCUUACGAUCGAGACAGAAACGGAAUCUUGGAUCAAGGAGAAGUGGCACCCAUGAUGGUUGAUGCCUACAAAGGAAUGUCCAAAGGAUUCAACCCAAGCAAAUCAGACAUUGACACCUACUUGAGAAUCCUCGAUAGAAAUGGAGAUGGCAAAAUCACAAUCCAAGACAUCGAAGCCUUAGCCAUCAAAUACCUAGUUGGCAUUACUGGAGAGUCUCCAAAAAGACCCAAGAGACAAUACUCCAAAUUCGUCGAAGAGCGUCUUGAUGUUGCAAGGAGACUCUUUCGUAAAUUUGAUUAAGAUGGUUCCGGAUUCAUCACUGAAAAUGAAGUAAUUUUUUAUUCUUAACCUCCCCUUUAGGUUCCAUAAUUAUUAAUUGAAACCUACAAGUCUAUGGGCAUCCAUUACAAUCCCACUUAAGAAGAUGUCAAAUCAUGGAUGAGAAUGACUGACCUUAAUGAUGAUGGCCAAGUUUCACUUGAAGAAUACGAAGACUUAGUUAUUAGAUCACUUCAACAUGCAGGAAUCCAACUUGAAUGAU